GACGGUAGCGACAUCUGAUCCAGAUCAGUGAAUCAGUGAAUUGGUUUCUGGGACUUGUACUGGCAGGUCGGUCGGGUAUUCUUAUUAGGUUAUAUCGUAGCCCUCGUCAACGAUGGCUUCCAAGGGAUUGCACUAUAUACCUCUUGGGUCUGAUGGAUUUGACCAUGCCUACAGGCAAAAGGUUGCUGCCCAGUAUCAGAUCAGUGCUUUAAAUAAAUCAAGGCUAAAGCAUUGCAUAUUUUUCCAUUAUUUACUAUUCUUUGUUAUGCUAGCAAAGUUGUCUGCAGAUAUAUUAGAUAAAUUCGAUAUUUUUAUAUUGGAAAUUGAGGAGUUGAGGAUUCCACAGCCUUUAAGGUGGGAAUACUUUUGGUGCAUCAGUUUGCUGUUUUCAUUUUCUGGCCUAGCAGCCAUUAGAAAGAAUCGUAUUAAGUCUAUGAAUUAUUACAUUUUUGGAUUAGUAGCUUUCGGAUUUUUGCCACUCUUAUAUGCAGUUAUUUAUUAUUUUGGUGAUGUUUGGACAUACUUGACUUCAGACCCUGAAGAAGAUGAGGAGGCUUUAUCAGAGGUUCAGAUGUGGCAGGGAAUGCCUUAUGGUUUGUUAUGGUAUGGCUUUAUAAUAGUAGCUGUGCAAAUUCAUUCAUUCUCCACAUACUUUGCAUGGAAUUUAAUAUCUGCCUGGAAGGCGAGGGGUUCCAAAAAAGCUGAAUAAACUGAUUGACGGAAAUCAGCAAGUUUAGUUCAUUCUAUUCUCUGUAGAGGUAUAAGUAAUAACUAAAGUAAAUAUGCUGUUAGUAAAUUAUUUAUUAAAGAUUAGAUUGUUUACUUUA